CAUCCCAUUGUCAUGCGUACUUCAUAGGGGUCCUUGAAGACCUGUGACAACGAGAUCGUCUGUGGCAGUUUGGCUGACGUGGUUCAGUGCAGCCGAAGGCACUCACACGUGGGAUAAGAUGGAAAUCAGGUCCAAGAAUCAGCUGCCUCCUUCCUACUCCCACCCCCUUCUCAGCUCCUCAUUGGCUGCUGCUGUUCUGCAGAAGCACUGCAUCUUAGUCGAUGGACUUCUCCACUCCCCCACAGAUGAAAUAAGACGCUUCCCCCUUGCUGUCUUAGAAUACAUUGCUCUGAUUCCAGCAAAAAGUGGGCACAGAAGGAAGGUGAGUGCCACUGGAACAAUGUCUGCCCUGGAAAAGGCCAUGAUUGCCAUCAUUGAAGCUUUCCACCAGUACUCGGGAAAGGAGGGAGACAAACACAAGCUGAAGAAAUCUGAAUUGAAGGAGCUCAUUAACAAUGAACUCCCCCAUUUUUUAGGCGAAAUUAAAGACCAGGAGACAGUGGAUAAGGUGAUGGAGACGCUGGAUGCUGAUGGUGACGCUGAAUGCGACUUCCAGGAAUUUGUAGCCUUCAUUGCCAUGGUCACUUCUGCUUGUCACGAGUUCUUCGAACAUGAGUGAAACAUCAGAGAAGCAACCGCGAACCUGCUGUGUGUGAUUUUUAAAGAUCGAACCUGAAUUCUAAUGUAGAGAGACCAAGCCGGUUUAGAGGCUACUAGGAGUGAGUCUGCUAAUCCUAAGUAGUUUUAGUAAGAUCAGUGUGCUUUGUGAAUGGAAACAUACAAAUGUCUUUUAAAGGGCUGUUUGCCAGUGCCUGCCUAGCUCUUAAGCAGCAUGUGUAUUAUACCUUACCUAUAAUUGGAGUGCACAGCAUCCUCCUGCUAUGCGACUAGAUAUAUAUACAGACACUGAUGCAAGUAGUUAGACCUUCCAAAGGUGUCCAAGUUUUAUUGUAAAGAUCUGUUUUGUUUUUUAAAAGCGGGGCUGGUAUCAGUUAGUAAGUAAUAAAGGGACUGGAGAACAGAGGCCUAAUCAAAAGUCUAUUGAAUUAAAUAGCAAGACUUCUGACUUCAAUGAGCUUUGAAUCAGACCCAAUGGGCAAAACUAACGGUGAAAGAACAAUAGAGAGGAUACUCACUAAUUACGCAGUGGCCACACUACACUUCCAUGAGCAUUUUUAUUUCUCAGCAGCUUAUUUAUCUUCAACAGUAUUGUUUUUAAAAGGCAUACGAGGUAACAUUCUAGGCCUUUUCGCUUAUUUUUAAGUCUUCCUACUUUUUAACUCCUAGCAGAACUAGGUGCUGAGGCAGUUAGGGCACAUACGCCUACUGUGAUAAUGAAAGAGAUGAAAGAGGCUCGAGACAGCGGUACAUUGAGACAGUGUUCCCAGUAUAAAGCUACAGUGAGUGAUUACUUGGGAAGGAAGGGAUGAAGGAGAACAAUUCUAUCACGUUAUUGUUUUGUACUAGCAAUAUGGCUACUGUAUUGGGUUUUGUAUUGGUGAUGGGUCCUUGUAUCCCUUUCAGAGAUCCAGGAAUCUAAUAUCCUUCACCCAUUUUAAGCAUGUUUAUAAAAAUCCUGUUCCACUGUUCCUGACUGGUCAGAACAAGAUGUAAAUCUCCAUGGAUCAUCUCAGAAUACUGACUCUCUAGACUGAGUCUUGGUCUACACUAGGAAAUUAUAUUGGCAUAGCUACCUCAGUCAGGGGUGUGAAAACUGACAUAACCCCCCAGUGUAGAUACAGCAGUGUUGACAGAAGAGUGCUUCUUCCACUGAUGCAGCUAAUGUUCAGGGAGGUGGCAUUCCUACACCUACAGAACCCCCCCUGUUGUUGGUGCAGGCUGUGUCUCCAUUACAGGGCUAUGCUGCAUAGUUAAUGUUGGUAUAGUCUCCAUAGUGUAGACAUACCUAACGUUCAAAAUGCGUUACUGAAUUCAUGUUGCAAGCAAGCAACUCAGCUCUGAAGAGUUGGCUACAAUUUAAAUUUCCCCAUAGCUCAGCAAUGGGUCAAUGUUAAACUUUAAUUCUGGACUAAUGAAUAUUGAACAGUAAAAAAUUAAAUUAAAUUAGGGAGUCGUUUUAAGUUUGCAAGUACGCUAUUAUCUGGAUGGCCCUGAUUUCCAUACUAAAUAUGUAUGUAUAAUUUCUGGGAUGUUUAGAAAUAGUGUUUCAAAUUCUAAAUGUUGUAUUUGGAUAUAACCUCAAUCUGCAUUCUUUUUCACUUUAUACAUUUUCAAUGUUCCAUAAUUUGAUUUUACAAAAUGCCCCAUGUUUUGUGGAAAUGAAGAUAUCUCUUUCUAUAGUUCCUUGCAGCUGUGGACGGAGACCUUGCUAGGGACAUGCAUGUAGGAAAGGUACAUUCAGAUUCAAAUUAAACCAGCAGCUUUAACCAAGUGAUUGUGGGGUUUUUUUGUUUUUGUUUUUUUAAGUUCAAUUAUUUAGGAAAAUGCAAAUUAACAUUCACUGUUCCCACCAUCAUAUUUUUGACAUCUUUGGGAAUUUUUGGUUCUAUUAUUUCUCAGUCCUUUUGAUUGCUAAUGAAGGCCCCAAUCCUGCAGCAGGAUCUGUGUGGGUGCUACAAGGUACUUUAUCAUUCAGUUUCUGAGUGUAGUCUCUAAGGUGCCACAAGUACUCCUGCUCUUUUUGAGUGUAGUAUAUGUGUGUGUCCCUCAUUAACUCAGUUUGGGUUUUGUCUCCCUCAAGUGGCUGGUCCCACACAAAGCCUUUGAGUCUGUUACAGGCUCCAGCUACCAGGUGGAUUUAGUCCUUUAGCGCAAACAGUAGCAGUUCAUGUGUGACCCUUUUUAGGUGAGAGGUCUCCAGGUCAGUCCUUGCUGAUGACCAUGGCAGGCAGUUGUCACAAAUGGUGAGCUGGGAAAUGCACGGUGAUGGAUCACUGAUGUGAGGGGCAUCAGACCCUCCAAAAUGGCAGUUCUGUCAAUCUUUCCAGCCUUGGGUUAGGCAUUGUCCAUAAAGUAUCAAAACCCAGCGGAGGGACCAUUACAAUCCUUUCAGCGGUUCCAUCUAUCUCUAUCUACACUGUUUACAAAUAGUGUUUAUAUACCGUAAGAAUGGAAGGUAUUAUACAUUCAUAUUGCCCCCGCAGGUCCUGUUUGACUGAUAAAGUACCGAGUCAGCAGAACAGGUGCGCUAUGGGGUCAUUGCUCUGUUGAUUUGCAUGAACUGGGAAAGAGAAUCAAUGCAAUUGAUAUGUAGAGACCUGUGGGUACUGCAUGCAGCUAUAACAAAUUCAUAGUAAAACCAGCAUGUAAAUACAAUCAUAUGCAGCCACAUCAGGGUUGAAAUGCACGAACUGUUGAGCGGUGCAUAGCGAGACUGAACAGGCUAGGACAGUCAGUGAAUGGUCUCGUCUAAAAAUGGUUCAAUUACAUAUUAUACUAGUGGGGAUAAAAGUCUGAUCCGGAUUUGCUGGACUGGCUGAGAUGUGCUCAGGGAUGCUUCACCCGCCAUGGAGCUGCCAGUGCCCCCCCGGGGCCAUUACAGCAUCAGCAGAACAGUCACAACCCCUUUUGCCUGGCCGUGCCCCCUGUGCUUGGAGGAGAGGGAUGGCAUAGAAGCUGCAUCACCAAUCAUAUGGCACCUGGGAAUUCCCCUGGACGCCGGUUACACUGGCUCUGGUUGCACUGGAGGGGUGCGAAGCAGACUUAGAGUUCACACCCUGAGCCUAGCUGAAUAAUUGCUGCUGAUGAGAGAUGUUUCCCACUCUAGACCUGAUACUGUGUCAGCAGUUUCCCCUUCAUUCUUUUUGACUCUUCAGAUUGAAAUAACCCUAAAAAGAAAAUGCCAAGCUGGUGGGAGCAUUAAUUGCAUGUUAGCCCUAUUUACCUACCCUUCCUGGGAGGAGGCCAGGGCAUGUGACUAAGGCUGUGAUUGUCAAUUAGGAGCCUCGACUUACAAGCAAGUCCCUUUAGCCUUUCUGUGCCUCAGUUUCCUUGCCUAUAAUAAGUGUGGUGAGACUCAGUAGAUUAGUGGGUGUGAGAUCUACCAAGAUGCUCAGCUGGCAGGGGUUGUAUGAUUGUGUGAUGUUAACAGUGGACUGGACUGUGGGGUAUUUCUUAGAAAAAGAUGUCUUAUGCAAACAAGCCACCUAAAAAGAAGGUCCUGCCGAGUAGAUCACUCGGCUGCUUUGGAAAAAGGUUCUGAAUGUUCAGCCAGUGAGCGAGCUGACUGAUUUGUACUGUCUGACUUCAGUGUUGGCUAGAGCUGGUCAGAGUAAAUAAGAGUAACACCAACAUUGAGAAGAACAGUGACUUCAUAGUUCUCAGUCACUGCUAACAAACUCCUGCUUUGUAAGUUUAACUAGUUUUUCAAACCACUGGGAAAAUGGAAAGAGAGCAGAACCCCCUGUGCAAUUUCAGAGUAUGUUUUCAGCCAGUGGCGGUAGCAGACAUUUCCAUUGCUAUGGUGCCAUUUUGGUCUAACAGAAGGGCUUUGAGCCUUGCACUAAUGGUGACAAAAUAAAGUAGGCAGAAAAUUGGA